GAGAGGAGCAUCAGGAGGAGACGGAGCAGCCUCAUCUCCUCUGUGAUGGCAAGCUCCCGUCGCUGCUCUGUCCAGCAGCUCUCAAACAACUCGGAGCCCCGCGCGUCCUCGCCCCCGUCGCUCCCCCGCUUCCCCCUUUUUUCAGUUGCGCCUGUUUUUUUGUUUUAAACUUUACGCUCUCUCUCUCUCACCCCUCCGCGCCUCCCGAGACGCGACGAUGAGGACCCCCCGCCAGCGGUGACCUGUCUCCUUGUCUCCUCCGUGCUCCAGAGAGCCGAGCAUCCUCCACGCCGACUCUUUCUUUUUUCCAACAAUGUAGGAGAAGGCGCGCUGUCAUUCCAGGCGCGACGAUGCAAACUGCGUGCCGCGUCUUUUCCGUCCGUGCGCCGCAGCCCCGUCGUUCCAGCCGGGGCGAAACGAGAGAUUUGCGUCGAGGCAAAGUUUGAGGGCGGCUCUCUCGGUCCCCCGCUCACCUGGCCGCCUGCAGGCGCGCGCCCCGCUCCCAUCGAGCUGAUCAGGAGGAAGAGCAUCGCCGACAGAGCAACUGGCGAGCAACUUCAAAGAACCCCUGACUAUUGCGUUGGUAUAUUUUGAGUAGGAUUUGGCACCGGCAUUGGAGGAAUUCGAUGUGCGCAACGUUGACGGAUAUGGCUUAAACGAUGUUCGCGUUAAUGACAGCUGGAGGAAGGUCCGUCACUUGAGUGUUUUGAUCAGCUAUUGUCGACUUUGGCGGAGAACCCAUCUAAAUGGGAGGAUACCUGGAGGACUGAGUCGGAUUCGGCAGUCGAGAAAAAUGUGGAUAAAACGGAGCGUUGCGCGCAGUCCGUCUGCUCCGAGGCCGGGCAGCUGCAUGGGGCACCGGGUGUGGAUCUUGCUGGCUAUGACCCACCUCACCCUGGACUUCUCCGCGUGCAGCCCCCUCAGUCAGGGCCUGGGGGUCAAACUCACGCCCAAGCCGGUGCCUCGCUCGCGGCCUCGCCUGCAGCCCCUCUGGGACAUGCCCAACAAGCUACACUGGAGAACAGUGAGCCCGCUGGCCCGCCGGCUCCUCAGCCCCGUCCCCCCACCGCAAGAUGGCAGGGCAGGGCUGGGGCCCAAGGUCAAGGGUCAAAAGCACCGGAAGCCAGCGCAUAAAGGACAAGCGGCGUGUAAGGAAUGCCGGUCGAUACACUCGCAAAUGGAGACGGGGGAUCCUUUGGCGGCAAUAGCGGAGGCUCCAGCGACUUUAUCCAGUGGGAGCAGGGGGGACGUGGCGCGGUCGUUGCUUCGAGCCAGGAGGCAGCUCAAAUGGGACAGCUAUGACAAGUCUCAGGAGGGCCGGACUACCACGGUGGCCGAGUUCAUCGACUGGGGCCCCACAGGGACAGACAGCAUAGAUAGCGAUAACAAACCUGAGCCGAAUGUAACACUGUCCACAAGGGUCUCCACUCCCACAGUGGCCACAACCACUAGCACUACAACCCAAAGGACGUUCACUGUGGUGACCACACCAGAGCCCAGAAGGUCAAGUACCACCAAGGCCCCUAUCAGCUCGGAGACUGUCAAACCACCAAAGCCAUAUGGGGAGACACCAGGUUUGGCUGUUCACCAGAUAAUCACAAUCACUGUGUCACUCAUCAUGGUUAUCGCAGCCUUGAUCACAACACUCGUCCUUAAAAACUGCUGUGCGCAGUCGGGAAAUGGCCGCCACAAUAGCCAUCAGCGCAAGAUCCACCAGCAGGAGGAGAGCUGCCAGAACCUGACGGACUUCACGCCGGCCCGCGUGCCCAGCAAGGUGGACAUAUUCACUGCCUACAAUGACAGCCUGCAGUGCUCGCACGAGUGCGUCCGGACUGCGGUGCCCAUUUACACCGAUGAGAUGAUCCAGCAGACGCCGGUCUACAAGACGUCGUACAAUGGAAACAGGCCCUCCCCCACUGAACGACAGCUGAUUCCCGUGGCCUUCGUGUCCGAGAAAUGGUUCGAGAUCUCCUGUUGACGAGCCGAAGGCCUUGCUCACUUCCUGUGGGUGGAGGAGGACUUCCUGAAUUCACGCUCCUGGAUCCAGUCGGAAACAAGAAACACACAAAACCGCUUCUUUUGUAAAAUAGUGCGAUCACUCCUUGGACACUGGUGAAGAUAUUUAUUUUUCUAGAGAUGACAAGCUGAGCAGCCACAAUGCUGCCAACCCACGUUUCCAGGAACAUACAGUCAUUUAGAUAUAGAUUAUAUAUAGGUAUAUUUACAGGAUGUGUUGGACAAAGACUGUGGGCGUCACAGGUGUCUCAAGGAAAAACAUCUGACACAGGAAGGAGGGACGGCGAGGAGCUGCUGCGUGUGGAAGAUGAACUGUAUUUAUGAACAAUGUGCCAAUAUUGCCACUAUGUGCCACAACCUGGAUAAAAAGGAAGUUUAAACAACGGAUGGACUCGACGAGUGCUAUAUUUACCCUGUAUCAACUCCAACUGCAUUUUUCUUUUUUUUUCUUUGUUUUCUUUUUUAAGAAAUGUGAAAGUUAAAAAAAUGCUACAAAUGUAUUUGAAUAUGUUUUGAAAUAGUUUUAAGAAAUGUGUUGCAAAAUAAUUUAAAACAUAUUUAUAUGAAGCACUGUUCUAUUGGAGAAGCGAGACGAUGGAAAGAGAAACGGUAUAUGCUUUAUUGAACAACUGAUUUUAAAACAUUGUUUCUAUCAGUCCCAUCUUAAAAAAACACAAAAAGAGUAGUUUAUGUAUAUUUUUUUACACAGAGUCCUGUCAGCGGUCAGAAGCACCCUCUAAUUAAAUACACCCACCUAGCUGAGAGUUUUAUGAAAGGGAAAUCAUGGGAAUAUAUCUGGAGCAAGCCGAUCCCAAUCCUGCUCAUUCUGUUAGAUUCGAACCCGGUUUGGGUAAAUGGAAAACAAAGAUUUCUAUGAAUCUCACAUCAGCACAGAGCCACAACAGACUGCAAGGAGCUGGACAGGACACUCACUCUGCCUCAGGUCUAUCUAGCUCACUUUAUGUUGGUCACAGCAGCUGUUUGGGAUAAAACCUACCGAUUGGUCACGAUUCAGAUCAAGGCUGUAAUGCGAAAGGGGCGGGACAAAUUCAAUUAGAGCUGCACAUUUCAAUAAUUCAUGUCAUAAUUUGAACGAGAUUAAAGAAAUUACCCCUCUGCAGAUAUUAAAUUAAUCUAUCUUGACCUGACUCCAAGAUCGGUUCUCUAAUGACGUAAAGUCUGGUUCAUAAUCAAAAUGUGGAGAACUUGAGCCAGUUUGUUGAAGACGUAACAGAAAAUGAUCUGUAGUUUGAAGUAGUUCGAUCUGCAUCAUGUUUCGACCCAGAAGAAAUUUUCCCUGAAUGUGCUGUAACGGGGGUCGGCUCGCUCCUUCCAGGGCCACAUCCACCCAGCACGUUAAACUUCUACGCUUUCGGUACUUCGCAAACCCCAAACACUUAGUGGAUUGGUGAAAUAAGGGGAUUAUGACGAGUCAAUCAGCCGCUGCUAAAUUGGUUCAAACUCUCUCCUAUGUGAAGGUGAACGUUGACGCUUUCCAGCACCAGUAAUUUGAUCCUUAACCUCAAGCUGAAAAUGCAGAUUGCCUCUGGGCUACGGAGGGUUUGACGAGGCCGCCUCUGAAUCUACCUUUGAUUUUUUUAUUGUGCUGUGGGGUUGACAAAGCACAAAUACCAUUCUGUAAUUGUAAACACGGCUGCAGACAGCAAUAUGUACAGGUUGGAAGGCAGUGGAUCCGCAGUAAUCCACACAGGUGGUUCGAAGGCUUGUACUCAAUAUAUAUACAGAAAAAAAACAAAAAAAACAGGUCAGGCUGUCCCUGCGAGAUGAGCAUCUGUGAACGCGAUGGUCCUGGGAUAAACACUGUGGUGCAAAACGCCCGCUUUUGCCCAUUCACAUGAAAACCACUCAUGAAUGACCCAUACCAGUCCAGCCUCAAGUGCGCGUCAGGCUGCAGAGUCGCUUCGUUGACAUAACAUAUAUUUUUUGAAUGAAGAGUGUUAUCUUACUAGUCAGAGGGUUAUGAAAACUUACUGUAUAUUAUACACGUGUAAAUGUAUUUUCUAUAUAUUUGCUUCUAUUUGUGUACAGGUGUGUUCUAUUUUUCAAGGCCUCCUGUUCUCGGGACGGCCUCAGCUACAGUAGGUCGGGGAUAGUGUCUUUGUUUACAUGUGUAACUACGGUAUUUCUUUCAAAACACAACUAACCUUGUGCCAAGCUUCCUACCUGCACUUUCAAGCAGUACUUGUAUUAUAUCUUUAGCUAACCAGUAUAAUACUUCGGUAGACACUGCAGUAGUUCAGAGACUAGAGUGAUUUCCAUGCGAGACAUCUGAAAGUAGGAGUGGACAGGAGGAGGUGACGCGUCCACGCGUUGGGUCCUGCUGCGUUCACGGCUGGCUGGGAAACCAAUGACUUGCUGUUCGCAAACAUCACAUCUGCAUUAUUACUAUUUAAUAUUCAAUGUAUCAUCACAUGGGAAAAAAAAAAAAACGACAAACAGUGUAAAUCAGUAGCUGCCAAGAAACCAACUAAACUUGAUCCAGACUGAGUUGCGUUGUCAUAUUUCUCAUUUUGUAUUUGUAUAUACAUUUUGCUAUAGCCGUCCCAGAAAAUGCAUGAUUUUCCACAUACUUUACGGUCAUGGCUGAAAAAAAAAACUUGGAACAAUCAGGGAAAACACAAUAAGGAGGAAUCAUGGAUGUAACUUGAAUCAAAAUCAGCCAUUUGCCUGUUUCAUGAAUCAAAGCUUUUAAAGGAUCAUUUUGAUUUGUUUCACCUUUUACAAGGUACCGAAUCCAAAUGAUCCUUUAAGCUGGCAUCUAGAAUGAAGUUGAUCCAGAUCACACCUAAACCGUUCCUAUAACACUAAGAAAUUUGACCCGACAGAACAUCGCUCACAUGGGGCUGAUUGUCUCAGUUUUGGAAAACCAAAAAAAUCCAAUUUUUAAAAUAGAAAGAAACUUUGCCACGUUUUACACACUGGAGGAAAAUGUUUAGGGUUUUACUGAAUUAUGCCUUAAAAACCUCAUUUGCAUUGUUGAGUCACACAUGAAAACUACACGAGGCUGUAGCUAAAAUCAAUUCCCCCCUGUAGACCAUUUAGAAGAGGAAGAAACGUUUGCCUUUGCAGUUUGUACUUCAGGACAACUGAUUCUAGAUAGAUACAACUGAGAUACGAGGGGGUGGAAUGGUGCCACUGCACGGGUCAGAUCUGAUCCAGGAAACAGAGCAGAGCGGGUGGAGGCAGGGGGGCCAGGGCGGCUUGUAGAGAAGUCUUAAACAGACACCAAAGACAUCUUCACAUGCCUUUUUAGAACUAAUGACUAUCUCCCAGCUCCCGUUUCUGUCUCCCUCCAUCAACCCAUAAAACCAGUGCUCCCUUCAGCACAAACGGGCGAUCAAUCAGCCGAGCUCUUCCUGUCAAGAUGAAGGAUGUGCCGCACAUGCAUUUCCAGGGACUGUGAUUUGUGUUUGCAUGUCCAACAUGACGAGUGGAACUUAUUGACACGUGUUGUUUGAAUUAGAUGUUGGGUGUACGUGUCCACGGCCGAGCGUCGUUUCAUCCAUGUCACGGGAGGCGCUCACGCGAACGGGGGAACGGCCUCAUUAACUGUAUCUAAUCAUGGCCUCUGGGUGUCUGAUUAGCUGGUGGUGGUUUUAAUUUAGGAAAAUGGCUGCAGCGAGAUGCUCAAACAGUGACAUCUGGUCUGUCAAAGAAACGUUGACCCAAAGCGAAGGAUGGGACGUAUCUGUAAAAACUGUAGCUCCUCACUCUGCUUCUUCUCAUUGUUUUAGAAAAAAAAAAAAGAGAAAUCACGUACUGUGCGCUUACUGUAACUACAGCGGAGGGCUGUGACUCUCCUCUCGGGUCAUGUUUUUACUUUUUUUAACUCACAAGAGCUAAAGCACUGUCACUGUUAGUGCUUAUCAAUACACUCAAAGACUUGAAGAAAAAAAAAGAGUAGGGAAACACUUGUUUGCAAUGUCUCAAUUUUUACAUAAUCCUCUGCCAGAUGGAGACGAGCCGCGUGACCCAAAUUUGCCGUGGAGGCAUUUGCUUUGCAUCGUCGGCCUCAGAUGCUGCGCGAUGCCUUCAGAUCUACACGGAAGCCUGAGCGAGCGACACGGUGAGGGAAUUUGUAGGAACAUGAGAUACGGAUCCAUUGUUGGCCGAUUCCUGAGUUUGCAGAAGUGUAAAACGGCCCAUGAACAUCAUUCAUCCAGUCUAAGUUUAAAGGGUGGGUGACAUCUUCCUGUUUUGGGGGGAGGACUGAGGUUUUCACUGUUUAUUGAAGCUGACUUCAUCACAAUUCACACCUGCCAUGAAGGAAUCCGACUCGAGUUGUGUUGUUGCCAUAAAAAUGAAGAGUUUGUACUUUGUGACUCUUAAACUUUUUAUAUUUGUGUUUAAUAUAUCAAUGAGUACCUCUGUUAACUUUUGUAUAAGACCUAUGACUAUAAUAUAUACAAACACACACAUACACACAACACACCUCCACAAAAGGGACUUCAGUCUGUCUCUGUGACGGCUCAAUGUUGUAUAACUUUUAUUUUGUGUCUUAUGAACCACAUCUCUUCCUUUUGUAGUUAUUGGUAAACGUUUCGAUUUCCAGGUGACUUUGAUUUGGUUACUCUUGUACUACUAAGCUCUGUAUUUGCAAGCACUGUAAAUGCGAUUCUCAUUGGAUUCGUCCUCUGUACAUUUAGUACUCUGAUGUUGCUAUUAAUAAAAUGUAAAACCAAACGGGCGCGUGCUACAGGGAGUUUGUUGGACGGAGUCCGAGGCUGGCCAGCGAUCGGGACAAACAGCACAAAAAUAAAAAAUGUGAUUAUGAAUUCA